AUGCCUCCUCCUCUCUCUUUGUCCAAUUUCCAAUUUCGAACGAUAGGUCAAGAACCAGAAUUGCUGAAGCGCUUGUCCGGGAGAAACCCCAGUCCUCAAGAAUACCAGUAUUCAUCACGCUCUCCCUCGCCGUCAUCCGAUUCAGCCAUCCAGUCCCAGGCUGAGGGACGCUCUAGAAGCCACAACCAACCCUCCUUGCGCUUGCGGCUUUCUCUUUUCCAAGCCCUUGCAAGUGAGGAGGUGAUCAAGAUGCAACACCCGCCGAAUACCGGUUCUUCCAAUGUUCCGAAUGCUCUAUCGAAUCCAAGUCAUGCACAUUCGAUGAACACACCCUUGACCUCUGAUCUGGCUUCACGUUCAACUCCAUCACCUUCCAGCCUCGCAGCCCCAUCUAACAGUUUUUCUUUUGGCCCCCAUUCAGCUGCGACAUCUUUGUCUGCUCAGCCCCUCAUAAACUCGAAUUCUGCCCAUGGCCAGCGCAGCUCAUCGGUGUCUUGGAAUUCCGACCCGAGCUCGUUAAUGUCUCAACAUGCCAUCCAGCCUUCGGUGGAUCAAGGAAGUUUGCAUUCAAAAGCUCUUUCCACUGUUAAUGAGACGUCGGGACGGUUUUCGAACUCCGUCGGUUCACCACAGUCUGACCCCCAGCAAGAUGAACCCUCUCUAGCUACUCUUCGCUCUCUUCAAGUCGGACUCUCAGAAACUCUGGCCACUCUAGCUCCAGUCAAUUCGUCGAACGCUCUUGAUGCUGCCCAGUCAGUCAAGGAGCAGUGCACGACAGCUCUGUCGGCAGCCAAACGCGCGCAUACACUUGCUCAACAAGCUCUCGCAUCUGCUCGAGAAUCGAUGAGUGUGGCUCAAGAGUGUCUAACUGCCGUGCACUCCAUCCAGAAUCGUGUCGACGAGGCCGUCGAUGCAGUUCAGAAGAUCAGUUCUGGACAAGGGCACGAAUGGAACAACACCAUUCGAAUUUUGAAAGAUGGCCUAUCUUCGCUUGACAAGUGGGCGAAGCACAGGGAAGUCGUUGAUACAAGGCGGCAACACGAACUUCAACAGGAGGUUAAGUGCCGACAACAGGCAGACACCCAGGCUGCUGGUGUAAAAAUAGCGUCUACCUCCAAGUCCGCGGCUGGUCAACCUUUAUCGCCCUCUUCUGCAACAUCCGAUCCCAGUGUCAUGGCCGUCGAUCAAGCUAGCGAUACCGAGCCAGAGAUGGAGAAGAUGCUUAAACAAAACACUGAACGUCAAAAGCGUGCUGAAGAAGAACUACGUAAGCGUCGUGAGGCCGAAGAGCGACUUGAGCAAGAAAGCAAAAGGAUUCGGGCACAGGCUGAGUCCCAGGAAGCCGAGCUCGCUCGCGUUCGAAAGGAGCGUAUCAAGGCUGAAGAAGAAGAGCUUGCGCGGCAACAGAAGGAAGACCAGGAAUUGGAACGACAGCAGGAGCUGGAGAGGGCCCGACACGAGACUAUACAAUUUCGUCUCCUUCAGCAGCGUCAGCAAGAGAAGGUUGCGCGCAAGGAAACGGAGGAAAAAGAGAAGACACGGCAGGCUGAGAUAAAGCUCGAGGCUCGUCUCUUAACUGAGCAGGACCAGAAGCGACGAGAAAUGCAGGAGCGGGCUGAGCUUGCGAAGCGACUUCAGGUUGAAAAGCGAAAGGCUGAGGAGCAGCGACAACAACAACUUCGUGAGGAGCAGGAGGCUAGGCGACGAGAAAUCCAGGCUCGCAAGCAACGCGCCAAUCAAGAAGCUGCUCAUGAUCCCAAGAACAGCCCUUCACCUCCUAGCCAGAUGCAACUCCUUCAGUCGAUGCCUUCCCCAAACAAUAUUCCCCCACCGUUAAGCGCAGAGAUCGGAAACGUUGUGUCGAAGAAGACUGUCACUAAUAUUGCUACGUCAAACAAAUUGGCGCUCAAACAUGUAACUUCCUUUCCCUCGUCAGUGCCAACAGGCCAUGGUCAACCUCCGUCGUUGGCCUCGCCCCUCCCUCUGGCGUCUGCUGUGCGACCUAUUGCAGUUAAAGCAACACCCAGUAGCACGCCUUCUGUCGCAGGUCUAGAUUUGGGCCCUACUCAAGCCAACCAGGCUCUGCCUUCAAUUGUUCCCCCCCCUGCAGUCUGUCAAGUUCCCAAACCCAGUCUGCCACCCAUCGACUUACUUAAAGAGAAGAACAACCGAUUCUCAACGCCACCCCCGCCAUCAGAUUGCUCGGACAUAGCCGUUGAUAGUGUGGGUUUUGAUAUCGGUAACGUACCGGUCAUUCCUCGCUCUCAGCUCCUUCCACUCUCACCUGAAACUCGGAAAGCGAAUCUGCGACCAUUCAUGCACGCUCAUGGUAUAGCUGAUGCACCGUCUAUAAAAUCCGAUCCAGAUGAAGUCAAGCCUGCAAUAAAAUUGGAAAGAUCUUCACCGCCUCUGAGUCAAAUGAAUGUCAACACUCACACUAAGGUCCCUCCAAAGCCCGAAAUCACAAUUGGACCCCCAAAGGCCAAAGCUCGACAGCCCCCCAUUGAUAUUCCUCGCCUGUCGUUACCAUCUCCGCCUGCUUCAGUCAAAUCGCAAGCUACGCCAGCAUCAACCAAGUUUAAGUCGAAUGCACCUAAGGCUCCGAAUGAUGUUAACGUGGCGGCUCCAAACCUCAAGCUUGUUAAUCCGAAUGGGUCAGAGAGUACUGUGAAGGUGCCUCACUCUUGCGUCAACACGCUGUCUUGGGUCCCGCCGAAAGUUCUGAUUCAUAUAAAAGCGGAACACGAAGGUGCUAAUGUAGGCAGCCCACCGACGCAGACCUCACGAAUGCAAGUUCCGCCGUCGCUAUCUAAGCGUCCUACUCCGCAAUGUAUACCCGUAGGCUUGCACUCCCUUCCCACUAAUGCCAAACUCGGCCCUACAAGCCUGACGCCGACAGGCGUCAAUCCACACGAAGCUUCGCAGAUGGGACCCGAUGCUGCAAUGACGGGUGGCUGGUCGCAGCAAAAUGCUACGCAAGACGAAUCGUUGGAUACAAGACAACGCUCGCGCUCCCGACAGACAUCUAUUGAUCAUUACUCUCCUUCACCUUCUCCAGUCAAUAUUCGUAACGGCGGAGACCUUCGUCCUCGGGUUCCGUUGAGAGGAGAUCACUACUCACCACCUCGUCGUGGCCCAGAAUCUCUACCAGCGUCGUCAUCCCGCGAUGAUUAUCAGCGUCGUUCGCCCCCUCUGAGACGAGGCCAGGGAAGUGUUAGUAAUUCUCGAGGGGUUUCUCCCUAUGCAGCACGUUCGUCCAUUUCUCGAGACAAUCGCCGCUCUCUUUCGCAGGACGUUGGACCUGGACCGUCAACUCUUGCAGGCCGCAAGAGGUUCCGCGACGAGGAGCACAGUAAUGCUCCACCUCCUCGUCGAUAUCGCUACGGCGAAUACGAAAAUUACAAUGACUCCGGCACUUCUGGUGGACCAUCCAACAAUGACCUGAACUGGAGUCGAUCUGCUGUUUAUGGACGUUCUCUGAGUCCUGAAAAUCGCGCGACGCCUCUGGCCCUUCGUAUGGGUCCAGAGCCUGUCAACGCUGGCUGGGAACGCCACAACUCAUACAGGGCCUCAAAUGGCAACAACUAUCGGCUCCAUGCGCGUAACCAACGCGGCUCUCCCCCUGCUCAUUCCGAGGGGGAUUCCUAUCGCCCUAAUAAUUACAGCUCAAACUAUCGCAAUCAGGCCCACGAACCUCCUCCGGGGUUACUCAGUCGCUUCACCGAUUUGGACAAGGGUUCCCAGAACAAUCGCCCUCCCCGUCCUCGCGUUCCACGGCCCACUGGAAGAGGUGGAAGCAAUUAUAGCCCAAACAAUCGUACCUCGAACAGAGGGCAAGCUUUGAUCGACCGCAUGAAAGUUGGUGAAAUCUGA